UUGACAUAUUUAUAUCAAAUAUUUAUAUUUUCAAACAAAAUAGCUGAUGUAUGAGACAUGAAAUCGAAGAAUUCUCUUCAAUUGACAUUAGCUAUUUUAAAGCCACAUGUCAUUAAAAAUCCUUUUGUACUUGACCAAAUUCGAAAAAUAAUCAUAAAUAAUGAUUUUAAAAUUGUUCGAUCUCAUAGGACAAUCAUAACGCCAGCAGAAGCUUCUUUAUUCUAUGAAGAUCACAGAAAAAAAUUCUUUUAUAAUCGACUAGUAACAUUUAUGUGUAGUGGACCUUCUGAUAUACAUAUUCUUGCCAGGGACAAUGUAAUUAGUAAAUGGAGAGAAUUAAUGGGUCCCACUAAAGUAUAUGAAGCUCAAUACACUCAUCCUGAAACAAUUAGAGGGAAAUAUGGAUUGUCUGACACUAGAAAUGCUACACAUGGUUCAGAUUCGCCGGAGUCUGUGAAAAGGGAAAUAAAAAUUUUCUUCCCUAAUUUUAAUGUAAAAGAGUGGUAUGACAAUGAAGAAAUGUAUUUCAACUCAGAGAAAAUCCACUUUGAUCCUGAAUUAUUUUUACAUAUAAUAGAUGUUAAUUGUAAAAAAGAAACAGAUUGACUAUUUAAAAAAUUCCUCAAUUAUAAUGACUGUUAAUAAUAGUUCUAAUUUAUAUUAUUGUUGUUGUUGAAAUAUAAUUAACCAGAAA